AUGUUAUGGGUAUAUGCGGAUAUUGCGGCAAAAUCUGUAGAAAAAAUAAAUUUCUUUCGUGCUUAUCAACUACUCGACAUGCACACAACUGAGAUUUCCAACCGACAAGUGCAAAUGCUGGAGUUGUACCUACUUACAUCAGGACUAACGAGGGCUAAUCCUAUUUAUGCUUCGUACAUUUGA